AUGUCUCGUCGACCUCAACCUCCUCAGGAGAUAUACUCACCUAUCCCUCGUCGCCUCUCACUCAUCCCUUCCCUAUCAGAAUUAUCAAUCUCAUCCCCCGACGCUGAUCGGACCAGGGUCGGAUCCUCUUCCUCAAGGAGGUAUAACGAUUCAUCAAGGGGAAGGAGGAUAUACACCGCUACGCCGAGCAGUACGUCCAUAUCGGAUAUCUCCAUCUCUGAUGGCGAAGAGGAUAGUGGUACGAUAGAUGAUGUGAAAGAGGCGAAAUCAUGGUUGGAUAUGACUGGACCGUCAGAUAAAGGAAAGGGUAAAGGUAAGGAGGAGGAGGAAGGGUUGGCAGGGAGGUUACCUCCUGAGUUAUUGGUUCAAAUACUACGCCUGUUGCCCGAUAAUAAAUCACUCUUAUCUGCUUUACUCGUCUCUCGCUCAUGGUGUCUCUGUGCCUUCCCAAUGAUAUGGACCCGACCUCAAAUAAGCUCUAUCAUAAACCUCGCUUCUCUCAUUCGAGUAGUCUCGCCUCCUGAAGGAAGAACAACCACAUUACCUUACGCGACUACAAUCCGUCGACUUCAUCUCACUCAUCUGUCCAAUACUCUGACAGAUAUGCUCUUUUUGAGAUUAUCAGCUUGUACAAGAUUAGAGAGAUUGACUGUAUCAAAUUGUGUUGGAUUAUCUUCCAGGGCGAUAAGUCACGUUAUCAGUCACUUACAUGAUUUGGUAUCGAUAGAUCUCAGUGGGAUACCUCAGGUCGAUGAUGGAGUGUUGGAAGAGCUGGCAAGGAGUUGUGGGAAAUUGCAGGCGGUCAAUUUGUCGGAUUGUAGGUUGAUAGGUGAUGAGGGGGUUAGAGCUUUGGGUGAGGGAUGUAGAUUGCUCAGAAGGGCAAAAUUCUCGAAAUGUCAUCGACUCACUUCUCAUUCCCUCAUCCCAUUCGUCCAGCAUUGUACGCUCCUCCUCGAAUUGGAUUUACAAGAUGUCCUGUCGAUCACGAACUCCACGGUAUUCACGAUUUUCCUAAACUUACCUUACCUGCGGGAAUUGAAACUGAACAAUUGUACGGAACUUGAUGAAGGUUGUAUACCGAACUUGAUAGAUUUGAAAUAUAUGACGGAUGAGCAGUUAUCAAUGUUAGCUAAGAGUAUUGGAUUAGACCAAAAUCAGGAUCAAGAUCAUACGGCCCGACCUGUCGUCGAAGGAGAAUUCCAAGGAACCACAACUGCGCUCACACUUCGACCCAAGAUGAAUCAUCUAGAUCAUCUGAGAGUAGUGGAUUUCACGGGAUGCUCCAACCUCGGAGACAAGGCUAUAGAAAACUUGAUUAGUAAUGCACCGAAAUUGAGGACGUUGACGUUGACCAAAUGCUCCAAUCUCACGAAUGAAUCGCUGGAGAGUAUAGAAAAAUUGGGGAAACAUUUACAUUAUUUACAUUUGGGUCAUGUCAGAUUAAUUACAGACUCCGGUAUAACACGCCUGGCGAAAGCUUGUAACCGAUUGAGAUAUAUUGAUUUGGCAUGUUGCGAUCUAUUGACCGAUGAAUCGAUAAUGGAACUAGGUGUGAAUAUGCCUAAACUAAGAAGAGUGGGACUGGUCAAAGUCAUCAAGAUAACCGAUGAAUCAAUCUAUGCUCUUGUAGAUCGGUAUACCGCCCUGGAACGUAUUCACCUGUCGUAUUGUGAUAACCUAUCGAUCAAAGCUAUAUCCUACAUGUUGAAUAGGUUACCUCAUCUGAAACAUCUUAGUUUGACUGGAGUUAGCUCGUUCAAGAAGAAGGAAUUGCAACAUUUCUGUAGGGCUCCGCCUGAUAACUUUACCGAUCACCAACGAUCUGCUUUCUGUGUAUUCUCAGGAAACAAAGUUGACGAACUUCGUCGAUACCUCAACGAGGUCUAUUUCGUGUCCAUCAACGGUGGAGUGGAGAGCGACUCGACUUCUACUCGGCGUGAUUCCGGUUCUUCCUCUACUAGCUCUAUAACAGUUCCUGGAACUUCCUCGCCACCUUUCAUCCAUGAUCACCACCAACAUCAACACCAUACAAACACGAGUAUGGGCACGAAUCAUACACAGGGUUAUGUAUAUCGUAGAGGAUCUGCACCUGCUUUAAGAUCAUCUUCAAACAUCGAUAAUAUAAGCGCACAGGUGCCUGGUUUACCUAGUAUGGCAUUUGCCACUCCCACGCCGAACUUCCUUACUCCCUCUGUACAUGAUUCUAGUAGUAGUAGAUCUCAUAGAUCUGUUGGACACGGUAUAUCAUCUAGGAUGAGGGAAAAUUACGGCGGAGGUGGAGGGCUAUCGAUGAAUGAAUCAUCAAGGGAAGCUAGUGCCAGUUCGACUGAUGAGAGAAGAUCUAAUAGGGUUAGAAGUCAUAGAGAAAGGGAUAGAGAUAGGGAUAGACCGAUUGGACCCAGGGAUCGUUAUGGGGAACACGCGUCUACGUCCACUGCUACCGCUACUAGAUCUCAUCAGACGACGAUGCCUAUGCCUGGUGGUUGA